AGUCGACUCACUUUUGCAAUCUUAGCAUAUGCUAGCGGCAUUAGCAAGGAAGAACAAAAUGGAGGAGGAGAAGAAAAAUCAGACCCUCAAAGCUUCAAAAUCUAGAAACGACACCGUCCAACCACCAUCACCAUCACCAUCGCAGGAAUUUUUGUUGCAUCUGAUAUGUGGAUUAGGGUUAGCAUCAGCAUUCUGGGUGGCCCGGAAUCUCUACUCCAUUAACCUUGUCACACAUACUUCUCAAACCCUCCGUCUGAUCUGGGUCAUUGAAGCCCCAAUUGUUAUCCUUCUUUACAGUCUUUUUCGGCAAAAUCCGAAUCAAUGCUCGUAUUUGAAAGCUGUAGGACGAGGCAUGUUGGGGCUUCCUGCUGGGGCUGUAGUGAAUGCACUUGGAGCUAUUGCUUUGGGGGCACCUGUUGGCAUUCAAUACUUUUCCAAGACCCUCAACUGGUCUCUUCUUAUGUCACUGUUAACUUUUGUUCCUGCAGCCUCUGUUUUUGGUUCAUCAUGGACUGACUGGCAGCGAAUUUUUGCACACACGAAGCCAAUUGGAUCUAUAGAUUUUAUGAUCUGUCUGCCUGCACAUGGAGCUGUAAUUGGAGCUUGGCUUGGGGCUUGGCCUAUGCCACUUGAUUGGGAAAGGCCAUGGCAGGAAUGGCCUAUUUGUGUUAGUUAUGGAGCUAUGGCUGGGUACUUGGUUUCAAUGGUGGUAUCUUUUGGAUUUGUACUCUUGCGAGGUGGGAAGCAUCGCGUCAAAGGAGACUAAUCGGCUAGGAGAAGUCAUCAAAUUGGAAGACUUGUUAACUAUACACUAACCCAAAAUUGCAAAAUUUUUUUUGACUUGCAUGCUCAUCAAUAUGAAGAGGAAUAUAUCUAAAUAUGACCUUUUUUCCUACAUUAGUUAUACUCGUGUCAAUUUUGGUUUGAGGCAUCUUUUAACCUUUCUGUGUAUGUGUCUUAUGUAUAACUCAGUAAAUAACUGUUUGAUGAUCCCUUGUUCUUCUGGAACCCGUAAUUUGAAGUUUUAAAUCACAAUU